CCUCUCUAUAUAUUCAUUCACAGAUCUCAGCGCUUUCCUUCCUCAUUUCACCUCCGUUCCUCACAGUUUCAACAGAUAAAAAAGAAAAGAAAAGAACCGAAAGGAAGGAGAAGAAAAGGGAGAAGAAUUGUGAGAGAAAAAAAGAAGGGAUCGAAAAUGGGUUCGGUUCCACCAGAACUGAGCUUGGAUUUUAGACCAACUUUUGUACCCAAAACGAUCAGUAAUUUUCUCAAGGAGGUUUCAAUAAUCGGAAACGUUUCUGACAAGGUUUCAAAACUCGAUGCUUUUAUCAAAGGAUUGGAAGAAGAAAUGAGAAAGAUCGAUGCUUUUAAACGUGAACUUCCUCUUUGCAUGCUCCUUUUGAACGAUGCGAUUGUAGCUUUGAAAGAGGAGUUAGUGCAAUGUAUGUCAAGAAAUGUGAAACCAGUUUUAGAAGAAUUUAUUCCAUUGAAGAACAAGAAGGAAAAUAAUCACAGUGAAGAAGAUGGGGCGUUAAUCACCACCAAAAAAGAAAAAGAUUCUAACAACUGCAAUAAUAAUAAGGACAAGAAAAAUUGGAUGAGUUCCGUUCAGCUUUGGAACACUGAUGAUGAUGAUUGUCGCUCCACUGAUCACAAACUAGAUACUAAGAGAAACGAUGAAGAUCCAUUCCAAGGACGUAAACACAGGGGAGGAGCGAGAGCGUUUAUACCGUUAAAGGCAAAUUUGGGUUUUGCAGUGAGGAAAAAAGAGAAAGAGGAGAUACCAGGUCAUGUACUAACGCUUUUGACUCCUGGAAUCAAGAAUUUGGAAGAGGAAUCGGGUUCUACGGGAUCAAGGACAAGUUGUAGCAGAGCAGUUUCUUCAUCUGCCCCCAAUGCUCAGUCAAAUUUUCGGUCUGGACCACAGCCGCUGUCCCAUCAGCAGCAGCAACAACAGCAGACUGCUAGGAAGCAAAGGAGGUGCUGGUCACCUGAGUUGCAUCGCCGAUUUGUCAAUGCCUUGCAGCAGUUAGGAGGCUCUCAAGCAGCCACUCCAAAGCAGAUUAGGGAACUUAUGCAAGUAGAAGGAUUGACCAAUGAUGAAGUUAAGAGUCAUUUGCAGAAAUACAGACUUCACACAAGAAGACUUGCACCUUCCACAACCACCCCUGAAAAUCAAUCAGUCGUUGUUUUGGGGAGUGGUCUGUGGAUGUCCCAAGAUCAGUAUGGAGAUUCCUCCAAUGGGAGCAGUUCCCAGUCUGGUUCUCCUCAAGGUCCUCUCCAGUUGGCCACAAACACUAGAGGGACCUCCACUACAGGAGGUGACAGCAUGGAAGAUGAUGAUGCAAAAUCUGAGAGCUACAGCGGGAAAAGCCAUAUUCACAAACCUGUAAAAGAUGAUGUACAGAGUUUAUCCACCAUGAAUUUUGCAGACAAAAGUAUACACGGGAGGAGUUCGUGAUCAUAAAAAUUAUAAUAUAAUAUUACUAUAUUAUACAUAAAGGAGAAGGAUCUUGAGAAAUGAGAGAGGCUAUGAAAUUUUGCAGGAUUAGCUUUCCUUCGAUCUUGAAUCGAGUUUUUGUUUUCUUCCGGAACUAGUACAAGAAUUCCAACUGUGAUCCAUGUUUUCAUGGAAGAAACAUGAGCACUAUUCCCAUAUGAUAAAGCUAUAGCUUCUCCAUUACUUGCUUUAUUACAUUGAACCUAUGUUUGCUAGUGCUUUCUACUACUUUGAGGUUUUAGCUUCUCCAUAACUUGCUCUAUCACUCUUUCCAGUCCUCUUGAAGUAUUAGUUCAAGUAUCUGUCCUUUUUCUCUUAAGCUGUUGAGUGAUUGCUCUCAUAGAGUUUCUAGAAGAGAAUGAUGAAGCUUGAUAAAUGCUUCAUCUUGUUGCCAGAGACACCAAGAAGAAACCAAAAAUGAAAAAAACUUACAUAGGUAGCCUCUCAUAUUUGACAAAUCCGGGGCAAUUAAGCGGUAAAAUAGACACAUUCCAUCAUUAAUUUUCAAUAGCCGCUUUGGUUGCUCAAUUUUUUUUUCAGCUUUCACAAAGAACUUUCUAUUGUUAGUUGUUCUGU